AUGGCUUUGGAUCCAUCUCGCCAACUCAAGCGAAGCUUAAAUGAUGGUUCUUCUACAUCUUCGUCCGAUACAGAUGAAGAAACAGUUGCGACUUUUAACAGUUGCGACUUCGGAGGUUUGUAAAUUCCUUGAAACAUACCUUUUCCAAACGUAAAAUUAGUUAAUAAUAUACAAGACCGAUACAAAUAAUAUCAUGAAUCAAAAGCCGGAAAGGCAAGAUACUGUAAGCAGUGAAUUGUUCUGGCAUCAUAUGCUAGUAUAGUUUGUCUUAUGAGCAUAUAAACUUUCUUCUAGGUGUGUCCGCUGCGUCUUGUGAUAUAGUAAAGACUAAUUCUGACACAAAUAUGCCAGAAAAUUCAGGAGAUGACCAUGUAAGUAUCUUACAUUGAAAAGCUGACUCGACAAUCAGAAGCUAAAAAUUCAUUUGUAAUUUACGAUAAUUUUCUGCAGUACAGUUUGUUUAAUAGUUAAUAUAGAAAAGAAACUGAUGUAAAUCAAUAAGACCAACAAUCAGAUAUAAGUGUGAACUUUCAAAUAUAUACGCUUAUAUUUAUGCCAUCCCAUUAUGGAACCAACUCAUAUUCAUACCUGUUCAAUGCCCCCAACUCAAACCUAAUUGUACAGAAAAUGCUACCCCCGACGAUCUAGAGCUCUGGAAAUCUCAACACCCCCCCUCCUUAUGUACGAAUAUCUUCACGAAAACGUUUGCAAUUGCUCGCCAUCACAACAACCCAAGUAAAUAUAUUAUACUUAUUGUAUUUUUAUGAUUUAUGAUAAAAAUACGCAAAUAUUUAUUGUUUUUUAUCCGCAUAAAUCAUAAAAAUAAAAUAAAUGUAUUAAGUUGGGUUGCUGUGGUGGCAAACAAACGUUUCGUGAAAAUAUUUGACCCCCCCUGUCAUUUUCGCGAAGAUUGCAUGUUACUUUCAAAUUAUUUGUGAAAAUAUAUAAUGUAUUAUAAUAAUAAAGUGUAUUACAUUUAUAGAAAACAAUGAUAACCCUUAUGAAAUCUACAAUAAUUAUACUAAAUUAAGCAUAGUUUUUCAAGCCAUGAUAAUUUUUAGGAAAUAAGAAAAUUGAAUUUCUAGGCAUAUUAGUUAUUUUCUUUUCUUGCAAAAUAUUAUACUCGGACAAAUUUUUCCUUGCAAUAACCACCAGUAAAAGCAAUUCUUCUAAAUACUAUAAGCACUUCAGAACAGCUGUUGCUUUUGAUUUUCGGAGUUAGUAUCAGCUCACUGUCAUGGUCAUUUUACCCUAAAACAGUUGAGAUUACCUGUGCUAAAUGAAACACAUACAAACUCUUGUACAGACCCUAGACUAAGUUUAGUUUCUACACGUAAGGUGGAAUUUUAAACAUUAACGCCAGCGCGAACAUGCGAAGAUGAACAUAUGCAAGUAAUUCUUCUUACUAUUCAUUUUUUUAGGACAGUGACAGUGACAUAAAUUCCAAUUGUGGUCAUGAUGAGGCAAAUGAUGAACUGCUAGAAGACGUCAGUACUGAAUUGUCGGAAGACGAAAGUAGUGAUGAUGAAAUUUGGCCGGAGGUGUCAGAGCAACUACUGGAUCAAGACAUCACUUCGAAGAAACCUCUUCCAGAUCCCGUACCGAAGCGAAGAAAGGUACAGGUCGCUAACUCCAUUCUUCAAUGGUUGUUAUAUUUCAUUCUCAUUUGGCAAGGAGUUUGUCACUUGAGUGACAAUGGGCUUGCAUGGUUAUUGCAUUUCCUACUUCAAUUUCUUAAAGUGUUGAACAUCCAUUUAACCGGUGAGCUUCUGACAGAACUGAUAGCAAUCUUUCCGACAUCGCUGUACAUGAUUCGCCAGUUUCUCGUACUAGAUUGCGAUAAUUUUACCAAGUACGUUGUUUGUCCUAAAUGCACAGCAUGUUAUGAAUACGGUGAAUGUGUUCGUGAGGUGCACGGUCAACACAUUGUGAAAAGAUGCUCAAGAAAAAAUUAUUUACGUGGGAAAAUGAAUAUCUGUAACGGACAGUUGGUAAAAAGGGUUGUUUUGAAAAACAGGGUUGUUAAGUACUAUCCAAUUCAUUAUUACUGUUAUGCAAGUUUGAUAAAUUGUUUGGAAAAUUUACUUCAAAAGCCGGACUUUCCAGAAAGAUGUGAAGAAUGGAGAGAAAGAGGACAUUUGGAAUCCGAACAAAUGACAGAUAUGUUUGAUGGUCAGCUUUGGAAAGACUUUCAAAGAUAUAACGGUAACGACUUUUUUAAUGUUCCCAGAAAUUACGGACUGAUGCUUAACUUCGACUUCUUUCAGCCAAUGAAACACAGGAAAGAUUAUUCGGUUGGCGUACUCUAUUUAGUUUUACUUAAUUUACCUCGCGCUGAACGUUUCAAAUGGGAAAAUGUUAUAGUGGUUGGCAUCAUUCCUGCAAUGGGGAAGGAACUGAAGAAUCUUAAUUCUUUUCUAGAGCCCCUCGUCGAAGAAUUGAAAGCACUGUGGAAAGGAGUUCGAUUAGUAUCAAAUCUGAGCACAAUACCACUUGUAUUUAAAGCAGCAUUGUUGUGCACUUCCUCAGAUAUACCAGCAUCAAGAAAGCUUUGUGGGUUUAAAGGCCAUAGUGCAGAAUUGGGAUGCUCACGCUGUCUCAAAAAGUUUCCAGGUAGUUUUGGUGAAAAGCGAAAUUAUUCAGGAUUUGAUGAAGAAAAUUGGCAAAAGCGUAAGAAUAACCAGCACAGACGUCAGGCAAGCAGAAUAUCGCAAUGUAAGACAAAGAAAGAUGGUGAGAAGUUGUCAAGAAAGUAUGGCAUCAACUACUACAGCGAACUGUUAAAACUAGAGUAUUUUGAUGUCAUAAGGUUCUGUUCUAUAGACCCAAUGCACAAUCUUUUUUUGGGUACCGCAAAACAUAUUUUUAAACACUGGGUAGCAGAGGGAAUUCUGGACAAGAAAGACCUUCAGACACUAGAAAGCAGGAUAGAAGGAUUGGAGGUGCCUGUUGAUAUUGGAAGAUUGCCAAAGGUAAUUUCGUCAAAUUACGGUUCGUACACUGCAGAACAAUGGAAGAAUUGGACGUUGGUAUAUUCCUUGUAUGCAUUGAAAAACGUUAUACCGAGACAGCAUUUUCAAUGCUGGCAGUCAUAUGUACUGGCAUGUCAAUAUUUGUGCAAACCCAUUCUGACCAAUGAUGAUAUCAUACGCUCACAUUUCUUGCUGUUGAAGUUUGGUAGAGAAUGCCAAAAUCUAUAUGGUGAUAACUUUUGUACGCCGAAUAUGCACUUGCACUGCCAUUUGAAAGAUAUUAUUCGAGAUUAUGGACCUAUCCACUCAUUUUGGUGUUUCAGCUUUGAGCGUUACAAUGGCAUACUGGGAAGCUUCACAACGAACAACAGAUCAAUUGAGCUUCAACUUAUGCGAAAACUAACAACACUGCGUUUCCUUGACAAUAUGACACUAGACAAAGAUCUACUGCCGUUCUUUGAAGAUGUCAUGAAUUCAAUGAAAAACAAUGCUAAAAAUGCAUAUUCGGCUUUCACUCUAUCCAAUCUCCUAAAUUUCUUUAAUACCGAUGUGGCACUACUGAAUGCAAUUGACUGGAAAAAUACUUCUGCCAUAAAACUACCUCUUCGUACAAAGAAGGAAGUGUUGAUAAUGACGAUUUGGCUCUUCUUUUUAAAGUAUACACUAUCAUGUUUCCAGAGAAGAAUAUUUUAAUCGAACAGCUCAGCAGAACUAUUUACAAAUAUAGCACUAUUGAAAUUUUUAAUCAGCAAUUUGGUUCAGCAGCAGCUUACAGAAGUAAACGAUCGACAGGGAUUUUGGCAGCAUGGCCAAGAUUAGACGGUGAAAUUGAUCAAACACGCAGCGCAAUGUCGUUUGGAAUGGUUGACUUUUAUUUUUCCCAUUCAUUGAAAUUUGAUGAGGAAUUUGUGAAGUUUUACUUUGCUUGUGUAACGUGGCAUCAAACCGUCGACGACACAAGUUUUAAUCUAAACCCUUUGUGUGUGGCAAGCGUGAAAGAUACACUGCCUGUUAAAUCUUCAAGAUUCCUACCUGUACAACGCAUAUCGAAAAAAUGCGCAAUCGCCAUCGAGGAAAAUCAAGAUAAGAAGAAAAGGUAUAUUCUUUCUUCUCUACUGCGACAUUUUGUUUCUUAGUAAGCCUUCCCAAAGUCGCAAUUAUGCGUCAUUCUUAGGGUACCUUACUUUCACGCGAUACAGUCUAAAUAA